AUGUUCUCACUGCUGACCCACCAGAAGGGCCCAGUCGAGGACGACAGCUCUGCUGGAUGGACGCUGAGGAGGAACACAACCAGAGAAACCAGGACUCAGUGUGACGACUGGGGAAGAUCAGCUGGUUCUUCAUGUAACAUCAGCUACAUCUUCCCAGUGGACAGUGGAGUUUACUGGUGUGAGUCCAGAGAGGGAGCAACCAGUAACACCAUCAACAUCACUGUCACUGGUGGACCAGUGAUCCUGCAGAGUCCUGUCCUCCCUGUGAUGGAGGGACAUGAUGUCACUCUGCACUGUAAAACAGAGACCCCUCCCUCCAACCUCCCAGCUGGUUUCUAUAAAGAUGGCUCCCUCAUCAGGACUGAGCCUACAGGUCACAUGACCAUCCACCAUGUUAACAAGUCUGAUGAAGGCCUCUACAAGUGUAACAUCAGAGGUCGUGGAGAGUCUCCAUCCAGCUGGAUCUCUGUCACAGGUGAGGAGCUCAAAGAUAAUUCUCAAACUGACCUUGUUUUGUUUUCUACAUUGAGUUCAGCAGGUUUCAGGACAGCAGAGAUGAUUCAUGAUCUGAGCUGUGGCCAUCGCUGUAAGCAGGUGUGUCAUCCAGGAGUGUGUGAGGAGAAAUGUCAGCAGAAGGUGAAGCUCCGAUGUCCCUGCAAGAGGAUCAAGAAGGUGCACCAUGGUUAUUCUUAG